GCUGCAGCACCCCCCAACCCCUCCCUGUGGCGGGCGGCUGGUGCAGGCACCACGGAGCUGACGGGCAGCACCAACCUGAUCACACACUACAAUCUGGAGCAUGCCUACAACAAGUUCUGCGGCAAGAAGGUGAAGGAGAAGCUCAGCAACUUCCUCCCCGACCUGCCUGGCAUGAUCGACCUGCCCGGCUCCCACGACAACAGCAGCCUGCGCUCCCUCAUCGAGAAGCCCCCCAUCUGUGGCAGCUCUUUCACCCCCCUCACUGGCACUAUGCUCACAGGCUUCCGCCUCCACGCUGGCCCGCUGCCUGAGCAGUGCCGGCUGAUGCACAUCCAGCCGCCAAAGAAGAAGAACAAGCACAAGCACAAGCAGAGCCGCACCCAGGAUCCCGUCCCCCCAGAAACCCCCUCAGACUCUGACCACAAGAAGAAAAAGAAGAAAAAAGAGGAGGAUCCGGAACGGAAGAGGAAGAAGAAAGAGAAGAAGAAAAAGAAGAACCGGCACAGUCCGGAGCACCCAGGGGUGGGCAGCUCCCAGGCCAGCAGCAGCAGCAGCUUGCGGUGAGGCCGCGCCGGCGCCACCCCCAGGGCACCC